UUUCUCUCUACUCUCCUCCUUUCUUCCUUUCCCUUUCCCUUCAGUAGUUAAUAUAAAGAAGUAGUGAGUUGAAUUUUCUUGUUUCCCGGCGAGGGAGAAGGAAGUAGAUGAGUCUAAGAAAGAAAUUUCUCUGCUUCUACGAAACUCUUUCUCUCUCUCUCUAUUUGUUUAUAUAUAAUUCUGAGUGAUCAAGACAAAAACUUUAUUUGGAAUCUGCCCACUUUCCAUCUCAAGUGGACUCCCUCUAGCCACUCUUUUCCACAUUUCUUCUAAAGGUCAUGGUUUGAUAAACAUUAUCUCAGCUGGAGAAUACUGAGGAUCACUGAAGCACUAUCAGGAAUUUCUUGUGUUUGAGGCACUCUACUCUCUGUGCUCCUUCUAGAUGCUAUAUGAUAGGGCAGUUACCUGUUCUAUUCAUCAUUAAUGUGUGUUUGAAUUCAUUAAACUUCAAAACUCUGUGAAUUCUUGUAGAUGCAUCAUCAUUACCUGUUCUGAUUCCUGCAUUGUCUUCAAUGUCUACCAUUUCAAUUGCUCUCUUUGUUUUCAUGUAUGAUCCCUUUAAUAGUUUUAUGUGAAAUUCUGUUUGUUAGCAGAAAUUGAUUAAAUGGAGCAACACUUGAAGGAUUUGACUCCUAGAAAAUCUGAAGGUCCAUCCAACACUCCAGUUGAUAUUUCCAAGGUUGGAAGUGGUGCGUGGGGAAUCCCUCUUGGAACGAAUUCAUAUCAUGCAUCAAGUGAUGCAAGUUUGUUUUCUAGCUCAUUACCUGUUCUUCCACAUGAAAAAUUGAACUUUGCAGAGUCAGAGCAUUCUGGGCAUUCUGUUGAUACAAACUCACCUAGGUUGCAUAAAUUAGAGCUGGAAAAUGAAGAGAAGGAUCCACUCAAAAACGUUGAGGUAAAUGGACUUGGAGAUUUGCUGCCUGAUGAUGAUGAGCUCCUAGCUGGAUUAAUGGAUGAUUUUGAUUUAAGUGGGUUGCCUACUCAAUUGGAGGACUUGGAAGAAUAUGACGUAUUUGGCAGUGGUGGAGGAAUGGAAUUGGAUUGUGAAUCCCAAGAGAACGUCAAUAUUGGUCUUUCCAAAUUGAAUAUAAGUGAUGGUGUUGCUGCAAAUGGGAUUGGUCAUUAUCCUCUUUCAAAUGGUGUUGGAACUGUGGCUGGGGAACAUCCAUAUGGAGAGCAUCCUUCAAGAACAUUGUUCGUAAGGAAUAUUAAUAGUAAUGUUGAGGACUCUGAAUUAAGAUCCUUGUUUGAGCAAUAUGGUGACAUCAGAACUUUAUACACUGCAUGCAAGCAUAGGGGUUUUGUGAUGAUCUCAUACUAUGAUAUUCGAGCAGCACGCACUGCAAUGCGUGCAUUACAGAAUAAGCCCCUGAGGCGAAGAAAAUUGGACAUCCAUUUUUCAAUUCCCAAGGAUAACCCAUCUGAGAAGGAUAUAAAUCAAGGAACUCUUGUAGUAUUCAAUUUGGAUCCUUCCGUUUCAAAUGAUGGUCUUCGUCAAAUAUUUGGGGCUUAUGGGGAGGUCAAAGAGAUCAGGGAGACACCACAUAAGCGGCACCAUAAAUUCAUAGAAUUUUAUGAUGUUAGAUCUGCAGAGGCUGCUCUUAAAGCAUUGAAUAGGAGUGACAUAGCUGGAAAGCGGAUAAAGCUUGAACCUAGCCGUCCUGGUGGAGCCCGUCGAAACUUGAUGCAGCAACUUAGUCAGGAGCUGGAACUAGAUGAUGUUAGAAGUUUUCGUCACCAUGUAGGUUCUCCUGUUGCAAAUUCUCCCCCUGGGAACUGGACACAGUUUGGCAGCCCUGUUGAACAUAAUUCUUUACAUGCUUUUAGUAGCUCUCCAGGUUUGGGUGCUUUCAGUCCUGUAAGCAACAACAGUUUGCCUGGGCUAGCUUCAAUUCUCCCACCUCAUUUGUCUAACUCUCCUAAGAUGGCGCCUAUUGGUAAGGACCUAGGAAAAGGUACCAAUAAGAGCCAGGUAUUUACCAACAGUGGAACAGUGCCAGGAGCAGCCUAUCAGCUUUCUCAUUCCUUGCCUGACCGGAAAAUAAGUGCAAGUACAGUCUCUGCUUUUGGUGAAUCCAAUCCAAAUUCAUCUGGUAUUGGAACAUUAACUGGUCCUCAGUUUCUCUGGGGAAGUCCUACUCAUUACUCUGAGAGUUCUAGUUCUGCUUGGUCUGCAUCAUCAGUUAGGCAUCCUUUUUCUUCAAGUGGACAGGGUUUUCCAUACUCCAGUCAACAUGGUUCUUUCCUUAGUUCGCAUCACCACCAACAUGUUGGAUCUGCUCCUUCUGGUGCCCUUCUUGAUAGGCAUUUUAGCUACCUACCUGAGUCACCAGAAACAUCCUUCAUGAGCUCCACUGCUUUUGGUGGUAUGGGUUUAAAUCGAGGCAAUGGAAGUUUUGUGAUGAAUAUUGGUGCUCGUGGAACUAUGGGUGCAAAUGUUGGUCUCCAAGGUAGUCUGACUGAAAAUGGUUCACCUAGUCUUAGAAUGAUGUCAAUGCCAAGGCCUGGUCCAAUGCUUCUGGGUAGUGGUUCUUAUACUGGACAAGGAAUAGGCAGCAAUGAAGGACUAAUUGAACGAAGUCGAAGUCGACGAGUUGAAAGUAGUGGUGCCCAGAUAGAUAACAAGAAGCAGUAUCAGCUUGAUUUGGACAAAAUAAUUAGUGGAGAAGAUAUUAGGACCACCUUAAUGAUUAAAAAUAUCCCCAAUAAGUAUACUUCGAAGAUGCUGCUGGCUGCUAUUGAUGAAAAUCACCGUGGCACUUAUGAUUUUCUAUACUUGCCAAUUGAUUUCAAGAACAAGUGCAACGUGGGUUAUGCCUUCAUAAAUAUGAUAUCUCCUUCACACAUUAUUUCCUUCUAUCAGGCCUUUAAUGGUAAGAAAUGGGAGAAGUUCAAUAGUGAGAAAGUUGCAUCAUUAGCGUAUGCACGAAUCCAGGGAAAGGCAGCCCUUGUGGCACACUUCCAAAAUUCAAGCUUGAUGAAUGAAGACAAGAGAUGCAGGCCAAUUCUCUUCCACUCUGAAGGCCAAGAGACUGGCGAUCAGGAACCUUUUCUCUCUAGCAAUUUAAACAUAUGUAUUCGUCAGCCAGAUGGAUCUUAUUCUGCAGAUUCACUGGAUAGCCCAAAGGGCAAUCCAGAUGAGAGGCCAGAGAAGAAUUGACAAUGCAUUUGGAAAUCAGACUCUUAGCUUUGAUAAAAAGCAGCUAGGAGUACUAACUAUCGUGUACUAUCUUUAAGUGUAUAAAGUGGGAAGAGAAACCAAAUGACAGACAUUAAUGCUUGUUUCGAAGGCAGUGUCCACUUUUCAGCUAUUGGAUGCUGCAUAUAAUCCAGUAGGGAAGUAGCAGCCAAAGGAGGGAAGUAGCAGCCAAAGGAGGCAAGUAGCUUCUGUUUAUAUGUAGAGAAACAAUUGAUAUUGAAACCAUGAGGAGAAGAAUAAGGCAAGGCUGGUUGCUAAGAACCAAGGAGUGAAGUUUCUUGCAGUGGUGUGCUCUGCUCGCCAAUUUGUGCAUAAUGACCUUACAUCCUCAUGGGUUUUGAUUUUAUCGUCUGUGGGUCUUCAGUUUUUCUGUGUUCAUCUGCAGAUAUGGUUGCUUGUUUAUAUGGUAAAUCAGUGUGUGGAGGAAUCUAAGCUUAAGUGCUUUUUCCAAAAUGUAUAGAAAGGGUAUAAACAGACACUUGGUCCUGCUCAUUGUAUGUGAAAUUGUCUCCGAAAUUAUUUAUGUUUGUAUAGAUACUUGACGAAUUCACAUCUGCAAUUUGCACCUAUAGUGCUCGCUGGUUUUUCUCCUUUUCUUCAUUUUUUGUUGUAAUUUUCACCAUAUGAUAUUCCAAAACUUCCCUAGGAGGACCAAAUUUCCCUU